AUGACUUGGUUGAACGCCGCGGCGUGCAUUUGUGGAAUUCUUCUGCUGAUUAUUUGCAUCAUCACAGGUACGCUCAACAGUGAUUGGUAGCUAUUUGAAUAUAUCUUUUUUAGUACAGUAUAUCCUCGGUUCCAAAUUGAUUGCAUUUUUUUUAUUUCGUUUUCAGUUUCUAAACAAGUAAUAACUACUUUCCCAGCAAAAAAUGAAGCUUAAUUUCGAAACCAGGUUUUUUUUAGCAGGUUACCCGGUAAUACCUAGAGCCACGGCCUUACUCAAAUUGCGAUCAGGUGUUCUUUUUCUUGGUGAACGCGAUCGCCUUUAAGUCCCAGAUAUGAUCAACAACAUCUCUUCGAACAUUUUCUUGCAAACAGGUGUUAAGAAUGAAGGAAAUAUCAACCACGGGAUGUUGCAUUUUCUGAUUUGACACUAAAUUCUCAUAGGCAACAUGAUAAGAAAUGUAUAGCUGGAAGUGAGGAGAAUUAAGAUCGAGAUCUCAGGAGUAAAAGUGUGAAUACAUUUAACUGAUAGAGUCUGAAGGCGAGAGGUUCAAGAUUCCCGGAGAGGAAAUGGACCCUAGCAGUACAAAACUGGUAUAUCCCAAAAGACUUUUGAGAAAUGGUGAUACCAGAGAAUGCGUAUCUACUAAAGAGAACGUGAGUAUGUUAACGAACAAUUUGUGUCUUGCUCCCAAGAAAAGCGAAUGGUGAAUGACGCCUGGGUUAUGGGUGCAGGUCCUUGCACGCUUGUUAAGCGCUUACACCUUUAACUCUCACAAGAAACAAGUAUGAAUGAACUUCAAAAAACAUCCCAAGAUCUGUGUCCCAUUCAGGACCACCACAAUAUGACAAAUUAGGCUCUGAUUCGAUUAGUAACGAUUCGUGGGUAUCCAAGACAACACAGUUUUACUAAUGAUUUUUAUGACUUGCACAGGAAGAUCACAUGAGUGAGGUGAGCUUCGUCAUCCCAUCACACAGUGGUGAGCACAUUGUUGAUCUGCAUCAAAACAAGUGAGUUAAAUGAUCAAUGAUACAUUCGUCUCGGGGUUGUAGCUGUAAUCUCUCCACUAUGAUUCGUAAUAACAGCAAUUAGAUGCUGAGAAAUUUAUUAUAUCCGGGGUUGCUUUGAUUUGGCUUUAUUUCGCUCUGUGAUUGGUCCAGAAAACUCGCACUACCCUCUCAACCAAUCAGAUGCAAAACUAAAACCAAUCACGACUAGGUCUACCCUGUUUUCCCGCAUUCUGGGCAAAAAAGGGCUCAUUCCUAAACUUGUCUCAUGUUCUCUUACCGCAAAUUAACUUGUGUCAAGUGUCGACAAAUGGCCAAACUAAAGACAUUAAAGCGAGGGCCAUAAUGGCCAUAAUAAAAACACUUAAGUGAGGCUGAUUUUCUGAUAUGUUUCUUUACAGGGAACUUGUACCUCGUUCGUUUAUGAUUAGAUCCUUUGAGAAGGACGGUACACCCGUGAUGAAAACGGUAGGGAAGCUUAACACAAGUACCAUUAGAAAAUGUCAAGAUGUCCUACCAUGAGUUUACUCCGAAAAAAGAACCCUGUAUAAACUGUGUUGAGACUGAAUACAUAGCUUUGCCUAAUGGCAUUUUCUGUCCCUCUUCCUUGCUCCCCUCCCCUCUUCCCUCUCCUCCUGCUUUCCCCUGCCACUUCCCCCUGCCACUUCCCCCAUCCCUGGGAGAUCAUGAAGAGAGAUGAUUGGAGGAGAAAGAUUACGUUACUCUUCUUAUGAGAAAGACGCCCGGGAGACCCGGGGAUACUUUUGUACCCACCGGAAUUGAUUUCAUGUUGGUCGCUUAUUCAUAUCUUAUAGUUAAGGCCGGAAAACUGCCAUUACCAUGGGAAAAUCCGAGGCAACGAAGAAUCCAUCGCCGUAAUCAGCACUUGUACUGGAUUAAGGUAAUUUUUACCGGCUUGAAAUUGUUUCAAGGUCCUUUGCAAAGUUUAAUUUUAGGCCCAUUCCAUCACAGUAUUUGAGAUUAUCAGAAGAUUCAUUGUGGGAUAGAAAAGUUCUCUCUGUUCAACGGCAGGGGUUAUAUUGACGAUGGAAAGCAAAGACUAUACGUGGAACCCGCAACGUCCGAGGUAUGCCAUGCAGUCAUGUAAACAUAAGGCGGUAUGCAGAAAUAAGACAUGUUUAAGGGCGUAUCUAAGGGAGGAGAAUCUAAGAAUACAUGUCAAUCUCCUCUUUGUCAAGAAGAAGGGACAAUCUAUAACAAAAAAACAGCUUGGAAGGCCUCACAAAUUCUAAUUACACGGUAGCGAACGAGCCCCGUCAUGAAAAAUCUUUCUUACGUCUUAAAUGGUGAUGUGAUAGUAUGGAGGUGUUUCAAACUGCGACUGGAUGAACUGAGUCUUUUUGAGAAGAGGAACGAAGAGGCUACGAUUCAAAUUUAUCAUUUUUGGGCUAACGUUUAUAGCCCUUAAAUACAAAGCUGAAGUUCCAGAAAUAAACAGAAGAAGAAAUUUAUCUUGUGAUGUAACAUUGGUGUUGCCCGAGAGACCUUUUAAAAACUGUAACCAUUACCAUGAGCUCACGCUCUCUAUAGUCGUCUCAUUUUCUUGUGUUUGUUUUCAACGUGCACGUCUCUCAUUUUUUCAUCAUUAGUCAGACAGAGCACACAAGAUUUACCAAACAAAGCCCCGCGGUAAGGAGGACAAAGUUUAUUGCAGUAAGUAAGAACUAACUGAUUUCAUCAACCACGGAUAAAGAACUUUGAACUAUUCUAACAGAUAGUCGAUCAGCGAUAAAUGUGGUGAACACUUCUGGCAAUUGGAAGGAAUGGCCCCAAGUUAGACGACGUUGAUAAAGUUAAGUAGGACAGGUAGUCGAAGAGAUUCUCGCCGACAGUGACAUUAUCAACAACGAAAGGUGAACUGUAAGAAUACAUUUAAAAAAAACCAUAUAGCCUAACUUUACACCACACUAUGCGAUUUUUCCAUCGUAGGCACAUCUCACCCGAAGAACUUAAAAGCCAUCGGGAAAAAAUCAUGGGAUUAUGAUCAUAGUGGUAACCGAUCAACUCAAAGGGUAAUCGAAGUUAUUUGAUGUAUAAACAUGAGCUAUACUGGAUUUUGAUUGAUGAUCAAAAUGGUAUCAAAAAUUAAAAUUUAAUCAACACACAAGCUAUGUUAUGUUUUGUGUUUUUGUACAAUUUUUAAAUGAUCAGGUUCGUCGUGGAAUUGACGAAUUCUAUCGUCCUUAUUUCACUACGGCGGAGACCAGAUACACAGAGCUUAUGAUAGCCGUGGACAAAAAUUUGGUGAGAUAUGAAAAUGUUGUCUUUGCAUGUUUCAUAUCUCCUGGAACACUUCUGUGCCACUGCCGCAGUCGAGAGAUAAAAGCUCAACAUAAUGAUUUUGUUUUUUUAACAGUACAAUUAUUUUGGAAACGAAGAGGAAGAAGUAACCAACCGUAUGAUAACUUUAGUAAAUGCUGUGGACAAAGUAAGUAAAUGAACUACGUAACCCUCCCCUCCCCUUCCCUUCCACUUUUUUGCUCCGACGCCACCAUCGUGCCAUUCACUGUUUCGCCCCGUUUUAUUGACUGAAACUCUGGAACAAGCUGGUGUAAAUCUUAGUCAGAACUCACCAAUAAGAAAAUGUUGUCAUUAGUCAAAGUUUGUAACAGCCUUAUCUUUACCUCUUCCCACUAUGUAUCUACGUUUUUUGACAGAAAAAUAAUAAUCAUAAUGAGCGCUCUUAAUCACGAGAGGAAUUCUUUUCAGAUUUAUAGCAAAAUAAACAUCAGAGUGGUGUUGGUUGCACUGGAAUUCUGGAACAAUGGAGACAAAAUAGACAGAAAUGAAACAGCUUCGGUGUACUAUGACAGAUUCGCAAAAUAUCGAAAGAACACACUGAAGAAAACCUUCCCUGAUCAUGAUAAUGCACAGUUAAUGUGGUGAGUAUAAUUUCUGCUGUAUUCUCUAUAGUUUGUAAACUAGAAUGUAUGUAUGUAUGAAUAUACUUUUGCCGAAAUUAACCUUGAAUAACUCAAAAUGUGAUUAAAACGCCAUAUCAAGUUCGCUGUUUCUCGUUGCAGCAACAACAGCUGGACUGACGCAGCAGGAAUGGCCGCGCUAUAUGGCAUGUGCACUGAUGAGUCUUCAGGAAUAGUUGCGGUAAUAAACUGUCUUUCAUUUUGAAAGAAGGGGGUAAUUUUCUCAAGAAACUGUACAGCUACGUCCGCAGGGGAGGGGGGGUUGGGGUAUCCCAUGAGAAUUUGGUUUCAUUAACUAAGUUGAUAAUGUAAGUUGGCCACGGUAAAAAUUUUAUUAAGCUGACAUUUCGAGCAGUAGCCCUUCGUCAGGGCGAAUUUACUUUUGUAAUAAACUUUAUCGGGCACAUUGUUUGGUUUAACUCUCAUUUUGACAUCAUUCCGUACAGUAGAGCUGGGUCUCUUCACUUAAGUGUGCACAUGGGCGUGGUCAAUUCAUUGAUUAAUUUCCUUCUUGUAGUGGGACCAUUAUAUCUCCGUGGGACCUUGGAUAGCCUCAGCCCAUGAGAUGGGACAUAACUUUGGUAUGGAACACGAUGAAGGUCAGUAAGAUAGCUGAAUAAGCAACUGAGUAAGGAACGAAAAUAACAAUGGUCAAGAAAGAUUUGGAUCACGUUAACAAAUAAAACGUCUUUGACUGUAAAUAUAUGAAAAUCAUAUAUGUGAACUGCGGUUUAAGAAAUGAAUAUGAAAUAUCUAUCAGGUAAACGUGGGCCAAAAUUAUCAUUGAUGGCUUUGCACAAAUUAACCAUCUCUACGUUUAUGUGUGAAAUUAUUUGCCUGUUAGAAAUUGGUGGAUGUACUUGUCUGACCCCUAGAGGUUGUAUCAUGGGAGGACACAAGUAAGUUCUUGUUAUGCUUCUUUCUCUCUUCAUGGAAAAAGAAUUGUUUCGGUUCUUUGUAAACGAUAAAAGUUGUGUUAGAUUGGUAUCUUAACUCGAGAUAAAAAUGGAAAUAGAAAAAAAAUGCGGGGCGGUAGCAUUUACUUUACCCAGACCUCAAACCGACACUUAACUGCGAAAUUAAAAGAAAUUGUAAACACUUAGUGCUUAAGCUAACAGUAUGCUAUUCUUGCAAAAUUUGCUGGACAGGACUCGCGUUGCAGGAUUCUCAGACUGCAGUAUGAAAAGUCUCGCAAAGCUGAACGACUUCUGUUUGUACGAUCGUCCACAAGCGGUGAGCUUAUAG